UGAAUUGUAGGCCGCCUUGUUGUCGUAUAUUAGGAUUAGGAAGACGACAUGUCGGCUAAAAGUCAGCUUCGGUAACCUCGUCUGGAUUUUGAAUCGGUGUGGAAGUAGGAGCCCUAAUUGCAGAGAUUCGCCAGCUUCCGAGUUCGAAGCUCAAAGGGCCAAAGGAAGAUGGGGAAAAAACAGCACAGUAAAGACCGUCUGUUUAUUACGAAAACUGAAUGGGCCACCGAAUGGGGUGGCGCCAAACCCAAGGACUCUCAAACCCCUUUCAAACGCCUUCCUUUCUAUUGCUGCGCGCUUACAUUUACACCUUUCGAGGACCCUGUAUGUACCGCUGAUGGCAGCGUGUUCGAGAUCAUGAAUAUCAUCCCUUAUAUUCGAAAGUAUGGUAAAAAUCCUGUUACUGGAGCUCCCUUGAAGCAGGAGGAACUAAUUCCGCUGACUUUCCACAAGAAUUCUGAAGGCGAGUUCCAAUGUCCUGUACUAAACAAAGUUUUUACCGAGUUCACUCACAUAGUUGCUAUAAAGACCACUGGAAAUGUCUUCUGCUACGAGGCAGUUAAAGAAUUAAAUAUCAAGACAAAAAACUGGAAGGAGCUUCUCACUGAUGAACCAUUUAGUAGGGGAGAUAUUAUAACCAUUCAGAAUCCUACUGCGCUUGAUAGUAAGGUUCUCCUGGAUUUUGAUCAUGUGAAAAAUAGCCUGAAAGUUGAUGAUGAAGAACUUCAGAAAAUGAAAUCAGAUCCAACAUAUAACAUAAAUGUGUCGGGGGACAUCAAGCAGAUGCUGCAGGAACUUGGAACCGAAGAGGGAAGGCAAACUGCACUUCAUGGGGGAGGUGGAGGCAAGGCACAAAAAGAAAGGGCGGCUGCACUUGCUGCAAUUUUAGCUGCUAGGUCACGCAUUAAAGAGGAUUCCAAGGAGAAUGCAAAAGGAGAGGAUAAACCUACGCAGGCAUUUAGUAUUGUGGAUGCUGCAUCUGCCUCAGUGCAUGGAAGAAGUGCAGCUGCUGCGAAAGCUGCACCAAGUGAAAAAACUGCUGCUCGAAUUGCAAUGCACAUGGCCGGUGAGAGGGCACCAGUGAAUGUUAAAAUGAUGAAGAGUCGUUACACUACUGGUGCUGCAUCCAGGUCCUUCACAUCUACAUCUUACGACCCUGUUACAAAGAAUGAAUAUGAAUAUAUCAAGGUCGAGAAAAACCCAAAGAAGAAAGGAUAUGUACAGUUGCAUACAACACAUGGAGAUUUGAAUAUUGAACUACAUUGUGAUAUUACUCCAAGGACAUGUGAGAAUUUCAUCACACUGUGUGAAAAUGGCUACUACAAUGGAGUUGCUUUUCAUAGAAGUAUUAGGAAUUUUAUGAUUCAAGGUGGUGAUCCAACUGGUACUGGGAGAGGGGGUGAAUCUAUAUGGGGAAAGCCCUUCAAAGAUGAACUUAACUCAAAGUUGCUUCAUUCUGGAAGGGGUAUUGUCAGUAUGGCGAAUAGUGGUCCACACACUAAUGGCUCUCAGUUCUUUAUUCUUUACAAAUCUGCCAAUCACUUGAACUUCAAGCAUACUGUAUUUGGCAGUGUUGUCGGUGGGCUGACUGCUUUGGCAGCAAUGGAAAAGGUUCCUGUUGAUGACAACGAUCGGCCGCUGGAGGAGAUCAAGAUAACAAGCGUCACAGUUUUUGUGAAUCCAUACUCAGAACCCGACGAAGAGGAAGAAAAGCAAAAAGACGAGAAGUAUGUGGAGGAUGCAGAAAACGAUAAGGUUGGAUCAUGGUAUAGCAACCCAGGCUCCGGAGUAGCUGAAGACGGAGCUGCCGGUGGUGGUGUAGGGAAAUAUCUGAAAGCAAGAAAUGCCCAAUCCAAACCCCCUGCUGUUGAUGCUAGUCUAAGACAAACUAUCUCGGCGAAGAAAAGAACAGCUGCAGGAGAAUUCAAAGACUUCUCUUCGUGGUAAGAGUCCCAUAAUUGCCAAUUUAGAAAAGGGCAUCGGUUUUCCAAUCUAGCCUAAGUCACUGUUUUCUUGUGGUGUUAAAAUCACAGAAGUUAUUGAAUAGGGGAGCUUGUAAAAAAAGGAUGUCUUUGACCUAUUGAGUAUUGGAAUCCAUUACUGACGACAAAAGAUCAUUUCACAAACUCUUGAGUUUGUAGAUUAUGGCCUAGAAACCCCCACCUCUUCCAAAACCCAAAGAGAGAGAGAGAGAGAGGGAAAAAGGGAGUAAAGCACAAUUCAGAUAUGAAUCCUCUUUAUCCGACAGUGUGCUGUAAAAAUAAACUGCCAGAUGCAAGAACUGCUCCUCUUCUUGCAAUAUUAUUUGUUUUCCAAAGCUGUUUUUCUUGUUCAACGUAUUGGCCUGGAAGUAAAAGAGGGCACUGCCAAAAAAAUAGUGUCUGUUGUGAGUUAGUGAACGAGGAGCACUCUAAAACUUCCCCCAAUAAGUCAUGUUUGGAUGGAUACUUUUCUAAGUAGAGGUCUAUUUCCAUCGUAUCCAACACUGCUAAAUUAUCUUGUGAUUCCGUGGAAUCUUACUUUGGUCAUUUUCUGUCGUUGAUUGAUCUCAAGUCUCAAACUGAUCCCACUUAUUUUACCACACAGAGGGACAUAUUUUGAAGUCAUUUGUAGUUCUUAUCUUACACUGUUCUUCGCUGGUUGCAGCAGACGACUAUUCUUUAGGUCAAAUUAUUUGUUAUGUUGAGUUUUGGUAAUUUAUAUAGUUCCAUAUAGUUAUUAAGUUUCAAAA